AGCCAAGCUGGGAAUGCCGCAGUUCUUGAGUGUCGAAGCCCAGAGCCUGCUGCGAGCUCUCUUCAAAAGGAACCCCUCCAACAGAUUAGGUGCUGGAUUUGAUGGAGUGGAGGAAAUUAAACGUCACCCAUUCUUUGUUACUAUAGACUGGAACAAACUAUACAGGAAAGAAAUAAAGCCACCUUUCAAGCCCGCAGUGGGACGGCCAGAAGACACCUUUCAUUUUGAUCCAGAGUUCACGUCUAGGACCCCCACAGAUUCCCCAGGUGUUCCUCCAAGUGCCAAUGCUCAUCAUCUUUUCAGAGGGUUCAGCUUUGUUGCCUCUAACUUGGUGCAGGAGCCUGCACAGCAAGAUGUGCAUAAAAUCACCAUUCAUCCAAUUGUGCAGCAGUUACAUGGGAACAACAUUCACUUUACAGAUGGAUAUGAGAUCAAGGAGGACAUAGGAAUUGGCUCCUAUUCAGUCUGCAAGAGAUGUGUUCAUAAAGCUACAGAAACAGAGUUUGCAGUGAAGAUAAUUGAUAAGAGCAAGAGAGACCCCUCUGAAGAAAUUGAGAUCCUGUUGCGAUAUGGACAGCAUCCAAACAUCAUUACUCUUAAAGAUGUCUAUGAUGAUGGGAAAUAUGUGUACCUGGUGAUGGAGCUGAUGCGGGGAGGCGAGCUCCUGGACCGCAUUCUUCGGCAAAAGUGUUUCUCAGAGCGAGAGGCCAGUGCUGUGCUGUGCACCAUCACCAGGACUGUGGACUACCUGCACUCUCAGGGCGUGGUACACCGAGAUCUCAAGCCAAGUAAUAUCCUCUAUAUGGAUGAGUCAGGAAACCCAGACUCCAUCAGGAUCUGUGACUUUGGGUUUGCCAAGCAACUGAGAGCGGAGAACGGGCUGCUCAUGACGCCCUGCUACACGGCCAACUUUGUCGCCCCUGAGGUCCUAAAACGCCAAGGUUAUGAUGCAGCCUGCGACAUCUGGAGCUUGGGGAUCCUGCUGUACACCAUGUUGGCAGGGUUCACGCCUUUCGCAAAUGGACCAGACGACACCCCAGAGGAGAUUCUGGCCAGGAUUGGCAGUGGCAAAUAUGCACUGACAGGAGGAAACUGGGAUUCAGUGUCUGACACUGCAAAGGACAUUGUGUCUAAGAUGCUUCACGUAGACCCUCAUCAGCGCCUCACAGCAGUCCAAGUUCUAAGACAUCCAUGGAUAGUGAACAGGGAGUAUCUGUCCCAAAACCAGCUCAGCAGACAGGACGUUCACCUCGUGAAGGGUGCAAUGGCAGCCACUUACUUUGCUUUAAACCGAGCACCUCAGGCACCAAGGCUGGAGCCUGUAUUGUCCUCCAAUCUGGCUCAGCGGCGGGGCAUGAAAAGACUUACCUCUACCAGAUUGUAGCAGUACCCCCAAAAGGCCUCUUUGAAAACCCACAGUUUAUUAUUUAAGGAAUUCA